AUGCCAGGCGCUCUUUUUGAUCCGAUCAUUAAGGUCUGCAAGGAGGUACCAACUAUGUUAUCACCGCCAUCACCUCCUACUCAACAAAAAUUAGUGGCUACACGGCGACGCACCCAGGAAGAGGCGAUACCGAUUACUGAAGAGUUCAUCUUCUCAACUCGAAGACCAAAACGGCCUCGUCCAACGAAAGGCCCUUUGUUGACCACUACUGCAUCUCCAGUUUCGGUGCCUAUUUCACAUUCUACAACGUUUCCAAGUCCUCCGCCUCUGAUGCCAUCACGGACCACGACUGCGCCGCCUCCGAUAACCACAACAGCACCGCUCCCAUCAUCCACACCUCGGAUGCCAUCGUUAACUCCCUACAGCCCCGCAUUUACACCUCCCACCCGAAAAAUCGCCACAUUCGCCACAGCUCCACUCGUACAUCCGACUCUGUGGCCAGCUGCAGAGUUAACCCAGGGUCAACAGGCCCUUGGUCAGCAGCCACUGGGUCAGCAAACUCCAUUCGCUUACCCGGAUACCUCAAGGGCGAUACCAUUCAGUGAAUCACAUAUGACCAAGGCUUAUCCAACGAAUUAUGCGUUCACCAACCAAGGGCCAAUUCAUCCACAGUUCACUUCAGAGGGUGUAGCCACCGUUCAGCAGAGUAUAAGUCAUCAAGGAAAUGAGCAAGACUUCCUGCAUGAACUACUACGACUGGUCAAAGCUCAUCAGAUAGCCAUCGACGGUAUCAAAGAAGAAAAUGAAUCCAGCAAGAGACCAGUAGAGAUCCUUAUGGGGACCAGACCUGAGGAGAGAAAUAACUUUGUGGAGGAUCAGACAGCCUUUUUGAAGCACACGAAUGAGCUUCAGAAGCGUAUUGAAAGAAACAGCGACAGAAUGAAAUACUGCAAGAGAUGGCGGAGAGGAAAGAGAGAGAAAGACUUGAACAACAACAAGGAGCCCGACAAUCCGAGGAGAGGCUAA